CAUACUUGUACAUUUGCUUUUUUUUUCUUUUUUCUUUUUCUAAUGCUCUGAGUCACCUCUGCAUCAAACAUCCGCUCUUGGUAUAAAUAAUUUUUCAACCAUAUAUUUCUGCACCGGCAAAGAUACAGUUUGUUUACAAAGCACCUGGCGAGCAGUAGAUUUGCGCAGCCACUGGUAUGAAAUUUGAUCCUUCAUAGCUGAUCCAGUGACCCAUCACUGAAAUUUCGAGUUUUGUUCUUCUUCUUUCUAUGAAAUUGGAAACUUUCUGUGAAUGAGGCUGAUGGACAGUAAAGACAGAACUGUGAGAAAGGGAUGAUUUUGGGCAAACAUUUCUUUGUUUGUUGCAUUUUUUUAAGGUUAACAUAGCUCAACCGUCUACCAAGGCCUUUUGAGGAGCCGAAAGGCACACACUGGUAGAUCAAGAAUGAGUUUGAGACAUCUCGUGGUUAUGGCUGUUGUGGUGGCUGCUUUACUGGGGUCAGAGUCUGGAAUUCUCUGUGGUGGAGAGACAUUGAGUUUUCCUUUAGAGAGAGCGUUCCCCAUGAGCCAUAGAGUUGAGAUGACACGGCUUAGAGCACAUGACCAAACAAGGCACAGAAGAAUCUUGCAGUCUGCUUUAGGCGGUGUGGUCGAUUUCUCAGUUCAAGGAACCUUUGAUCCUUCUCUUGUUGGGCUUUACUAUACUCGUGUUCAGUUGGGUUCUCCUCCGAAAGAAUUCUACGUACAGAUCGAUACUGGAAGUGAUGUUUUAUGGGUUAGUUGUGCUUCUUGUAAUGGUUGUCCUACAGCUAGCGGGCUUCAGAUACAACUUGAGUUCUUUGACCCAGCAAGCUCUUCAACAGCAUCAUUGAUCUCUUGCUCUGACCGAAGGUGUGCUCUUGGGAAACAGUCUUCUGACACUGGGUGUUCGGCUGAGAAUCAAUGUAGCUAUACCUUUCAGUAUGGUGAUGGCAGUGGAACUUCAGGUUAUUAUGUAGCUGACUUUAUCCAUUUGGACGCCGUUUUUGGUUCUUCAUCAAUUUCUAACUCCUCAGCUCAAGUCAUUUUUGGAUGUAGCACAUAUCAGGUCGAGGAUUUGGCAAAACCUGAUCGAGCAGUUGAUGGAAUCUUUGGAUUUGGGCAACAAAGCAUGUCAGUUAUCUCACAACUUUCAUCACACGGAAUAGUCCCAAAUGUAUUCUCUCAUUGUCUUAGAGGAAGUAAUGCUGGUGGGGGUGUACUGGUACUAGGUCAGAUUGUGGAGCCGAAUAUUGUUUACACACCACUUGUCCCAUCACAACCACAUUAUAAUUUAGAUCUUGAGAAGAUUCUUAUCAAUGACCAACCUUUACCCAUUGAUCCAAAAAUAUUUGCAACAACAAACAAUCGAGGGACAAUAGUAGAUUCUGGAACAACUUUAGCAUACCUUGCAGAGGAAGCAUACGAUAUCUUUAUUAAUAGAAUUUCCCAGAUCGUUUCAGGAUCUGCACGUCUACUCUUUACAAAGGGGAGCCAUUGUUAUCUAUCCACAUCCAGUGUCUCAGAUAUAUUCCCCACUAUUAGUUUGAGUUUCGCUGGAGGUGCAUCAAUGGUUCUAAAGCCUGAAGACUACCUUUUACAGCAAAACUCUAUCGGUGGAUCUGCCAUCUGGUGCAUGGGAUUUGAGAAAAUUCCAGGCAAAGGAAUAACAAUUUUAGGAGACCUUGUAUUGAAAGACAAGAUCGUUGUUUAUGAUUUGGCUAACCAACGCAUUGGAUGGGCAAAUUACGACUGUUCGACAUCCAUUAAUGUUUCCAUUGCUACUCCCAGAGGCAAGAGUGAAUUUGUAAAUGCAGGACAGAUUGAUAAGAACCGAUCAUCACACAACAGCCCAUUCAAGCUAAGUUCAGUCAAAAUAUUGGCUUUUAUGUUAAAUGUAUUCACAGUGCUUGGCAUCCAUUUUGCUUCGUAGCUUCCUUGGUGUCUGUAUAUUUCAGGUCAUAGUUUGUAUAGAGCCCCUCCUUUUUCGGCGGCAAGUUUUUCAAUCUUAGAAUUUAAGUUUGUGUACUAUUUGUUCUAUUUGUGGUUGUAUUUGGAGGCCAGACAAAUUUCAAUCACCCAAUACAGUACCCUUCAGUUUAUUACACACCAUUCAUCUCAUAAAUUUAUACGGAGUACGAGUUUGCUUUAUACAUGUUGUUUUGGAGUCUGGAAUCAUGUUUAAAGAUUUGUUUAUAAAUGAGAAUUACAAAAUGGACGAUCGGUCUCAGUAUGGAAAGAGAUGUGGCUACCUGGUCCUGGAGACGAGAUGAUACACUCGGAGCCGCUAGUUGAAAUAGCAAACAUGAAUGUAGUGGCUCCAGUGAACAAAACAGGUGACAAGUGAAAUGUGAUCUGCACAAGACAGAGGCACUGUUUUCAGAAGAUGAAAAAAUGGCUAUACUCUCUAUUCCUCUAAGUGAGAGGCGACCCUUAGAUGACCGGUGGUGAAAUGAAGAUUCAAGGGGCAUCUAUAUGAUUAGAAGUGGUUACAGAUUAAUUCGAGAUGAGUAUACUGUUAACUAUUAAUGGCGAUAGGGUGGACCAAGGUGCGGAGCUUGGAGAUUUCUCCUAAAAUAAAAUGUUUCUUUUUGGCAAUUGAUGUCAGACAUUUUACCAACAAUUAAUUUAAAAAGUAGGAGGGUGCAUAUUCCUAUACAGUGCAUGUUUUGCGAUGCGGAUAUUGAGUCAGAAACACAUUUGUUCCAAAGUUGUUCUAUGGCCAACUCAGUUUGCCACUUCAUUUACUGCCUGUGGAGCCUAUGAAAGGUGAGGAAUGAUAGUGUGGAAGAAUAAAGAGAUAGGUUGGCGAGAGGUUGUGGAAGUCGGGGUACCAUGUUAAGAAACUAGAGGGAUGUCAGAGGUUCAAGAAUGGUAAACUAGAGGGAGGUCAGAGGUUCAAGAAUUGUAACCGUGAAUGCUCUAUAAAAAAGUACUGAUACAUUAAAGCAUAAGAAAUUGCAAAUCAAAGGAA